CCCUCAUCCACGAGCCUCCCAGACGGCCCUGGCGGAGGACGGCGCAGUACUUGCUGUCAAAAGGACUAGCAUGGAAAUCGCAGGAAGAUUAUUGAGUUGGGCGAUGGAGUAUCACGAUGGAGCAGCAGCAUGGAGCAACAGCAUGGAGCAGUGGCAUGGAGCAGAAUGAUGUGGCAUGGAGAGAUGAAGUAGGAAGGAGCGAAGCAGGGAGAGAUGAAGCUGGGAGAGAUGAAGCUGGGAGAGAUGAAGCUGGGAGAGAUGAAGCUGGGAGAGAUGAAGCUGGGAGAGAUGAAGCUGGGAGAGAUAAAGCAGGAAGAGAUGAAGCAGAAGACGAACCGAACUCACGAAACAAGAAGACGAACCAAGAAGCCGAACACAAAGGACAAAGACAAUCAGAAGACAACCCAGAAAACAAACCAAAAGGGAAGCCAGAAAGGGGAUGCCAAAGGGUAGAGAAAAUAAGUCAUAGAGAUAGAUGGACAACGAACAUGCAGCUAGAGACGAGACAUGCAGAAUGCGGGAGAUGAGCAUGGAAU